AUGAGCUCCGAUAAUGAUAUGGCGAUGCUACUGAUACUCAAAAACAAGGAAAACCGCGCUCCCUUUGGAAUUGUUGACCCUGUGUCCCUCGACAAAAUUGACAAACUUUUCGCUUGUGGCGUUGGCGAACUCAUUGACCUCCCGCAACUUGUUGUUGUCGGCGACCAGUCUAGCGGCAAGAGCUCCGUCCUUGAGGGUCUAACAGAGCUACCUUUCCCCAGAGAUAGUGGCCUCUGCACGCGAUUUGCCACCCAGAUCACUUUCCGCCGAUCACCGGACACAAAAGUCACGGCCUCGAUCAUUCCAGGCAGGGAUGCCACAGAAGGCCACCGAGAGCGGGUUAGGAAUGUCAUGGGCAUCGGCAGUGUGGAGCAUGAAUCUAAGAACACUUUUUCAGAGGACAUUCGAUUGGAAGUCUCUGGCCCGGAUCAAGAGCACUUUAGCGUCACUGAUAUUCCGGGUAUCUUCAGAAAGACAACUCCCGGUGUUACUACUAAGGCGGAUCGAACUAUGGUCGAUCGCAUGGUUCGUGAAUACAUGGAAAACCCCAGGUCGGUGAUGUUAACCAUCAUUCCCCCAAACGUCGACAUCGCCACGCAAGAUAUACUGGAAUGGGCGGAAGAGGUGGAUCCAGAUGGACUUCGCACAUUGGGCGUAUUGACGAAGCCUGACUUGGUAGACGAAGGCGCGGAGUCAGCCGUCAUUGAUUUACUCGACGGAAGGAGUCAUCAGUUACGAUUUGGGUGGCAUGUCCUGAAAAAUCCUAGCCAGGCGCAACUUGUAGAUCAAAGACACAGCCGCCACGAACUUGAGAACGAGUUUUUCACCAGCAAGGCUCCCUGGAACCGGGUAAGCCGUGACAAGGCAGGGGUUCACUCCCUGCGCACGCGUUUGCAGGAGAUUAUGGCGGAUCACAUACGUCGCGAGUUUCCAAAGGUCAAAUUGGAAAUCAAUCGAAAGCUGAAGGCCGCCAGCAAAAGCGUUGAGAAAUUGGGCGCCAAACGCCAAUCAUUCGCGGAACAGAGUCAGUUUAUGACAAAGCUUGCUCUUGAGUUUCAGCGCAAUGUCACGCUAGCCAUACGUUCCGAAUACAGCUAUAGCGACAUUUUUGAUAAGAUCCCGAGUCUUCGACUUGCAACCGCGGCCAUUGGUCGUGCUGAUAAAGUCGCUAACCUGAUGGCUACGGAAAGGCAUGUUUUUCAUUUCCAUUCUGGAAACCAAGCUGAAGUGCCCGCACCUCCCGCACCAGAAGAGAGGGAUGGUGAUGCGGCCGACCCCGAAAAGCUAAAACCCUUACUUCGCACGGCUUUUGACGUAUUGAACGAAAUUACGCCGGACGAGCGCACCCGCGCCGGCCUCGAGUCUAUGCUUAUAGAUCAGCUAAGAAAUAAAUACGCAGCCGCUAUCUCUCAGACUGAAUUUUUACUUCAGGUCGAACUGGAAAGCAAUCCAGCCACGCAUAAUCACUAUUUCAAUGACAUAUUGGGAAAAUGUCGUCAAGAGCGGCUUCGCACCCAACUGGUUAAGAAAGCGAUCCCCAACACCGGAUUCGAAAAGGUGGUACCUUGGGAAGGCAUCAUUCAUAACUACCCACCCAGUAACGCCGAUCAUGGAGCGGUGGAGAUUCACGACAUUUUAAGAUCAUAUUACACGGUUGCACGAAAACGAUUCGUGGACUGCGUACGCAUGCAAGUGGCAGAUUUCCUCUUGAUCACAGGCCCUAACACGCCACUCAGUAUUUUCUCUCCUGCGUUUGUGGCCAGUAUGACCCCCGAACAACUAGAGGAAAUUGCAGGGGAGGAUGCCGGGUUGAAACGCCGACGUGCCCAGUUGGAGAAGGAAAUCAAGCAGCUCAUGGAUGGGAAACGGAUUUUGACCUGA